UAAAAGUCCACAAGUUAUUCACUGCAAUACUACUGCUGGUGGAGAAUGAAAAUCAUCUUCUGGUUAAUAGCGUGCUUUGGAUGCGUGGUUCAGUCACAAAUCAUUGAUUUAGAUGACAGUUUCUCAGUUGAUCCUGAAGACGACACACCAUGGCUUGUAGAAUUUUAUGCUCCUUGGUGUGGUCAUUGUAAAAGAUUAGAACCAAUUUACCAUCAAGUUUAUUUGGAUUUAGAAAAAUCACAUAUUAAAGUAGCUAAAUUGGAUGCAACAAGACAUACAACUGUCUCGGCCAAAUAUGAAGUUCAAGGUUUUCCCACAAUUUUAUUUAUACAAGGUGAUAGAGUUUUCAAACACCAAGGCGAUAGAACAAAAGAAGCAAUUACUGAAUUUGCCAAAAGGGCUUUAGGACCAACCAUCAAAGUAAUAUCAAAUGGGGCGAAAUAUUUCGAUAUUCGAAGCGAACAUGCAGAUAGUUCUUUCUUUUUAUAUAUUGGAGCGCAACAGGGUCUGUCCGAAUUAAUGACAAAGUUCGCAGCAGUUACUGAUAAAUUAGCUGUUCAUUCUUAUUAUUAUUCGUGCGAAAGAAAAAUACUGCCUCCAGACUUCGUUAAACACUUACAACACGAUCCAACUCUUGUUGUGUUUAAAGAUAGGGAAUGGUAUGAAUACGAACCUGGUGAAUCUGGUGUAACAAGAAGUUCUGUUGAAGCUUUUGUAGCUAGAGAACGACACUUGGCUUUCCCAAAAUUAGCUGGAGGCGGAGGGUUGAGCGAUAUGAGUGAUUUAAGGAAAAAAAUUGUUGUUAUUGUUGUAAAUGAUGCGGAUAAGGAAUCAGUAAAAUUGAAUAGCAGAAUGAAAGACAUAGCCACAAUGAUGUCGACUAAAUAUCGAAGGGAUUUUCAUGCUCACUUUCAAUUUGCCUGGAUGGAUGAUCCAGAAACGAUGAAUACAAUAACAAUGACAACUCUAAAAUUACCGGCUUUAAUUGUUUUUGAUACAGAAACACAAUAUUAUUACUUACCAGAAUUUAAUCUGGUUGAUAUCACUUAUAACUCAUUUUCAAAGUUUUUAAAUGAAAUAAGAGAUGGAUCGGCUCCCUCUUUUGGUGGCACUGGAUUCCUUCAAAGAGUAAAGAGAAUUGCGUACGAUAUAUGGAUUGCAGUCUAUAGCAUUUAUGAAGCAUCAGCUUGGCUGGCUCUUCUUGUAUUUGGUUUGCCUUCUGCCGUCAUUUCUAUUGUUUGCUACGCUCUCUGUUGUAUGGAACCAAUCGACGACGCUGAAGAUACAGACGACGAGAAUAUAGAUGAAAGUUUGUGUUCUUUAUCAUAUACUAUCCCUCUCUUUUUUACAUUUUGUGAUACGGUGUGCAUGAGAUGUGUGUUCAAGAGUUUUUUUUCAAAAUUAAAUAAGAAAAAUUUAGGCUGUUCUUGGCGAGCUUGGUUGGUGGGCUUUAAUGAUUUUUGGUAUACCCGCUACGGUUAUUUCGCUCGUCUGUUAUUCCUUUUGGUGUUUGGAACCAAUUGACGAUUCAUUUUGGGAUGGUAGCUGGCUUAGAGAGGAACUCGAGGCAGAGAGACGAGCUAAACUGGCAGAGGAACAGUCUGCAGAAACUGAUAAAGAUUCAAAAGUUAGGUACCGGUUAACCACUCCUGGUACACAGGAGGAUAUUGAAGCGAAUGUACCGCUUCUGGAUGACAGCUCUGGUGAGAUUUACUCAACAGGGAUUUUCAAUUUAUAUUUUUCUCACUAGAAUAUAACUUAUGUAUGACUGAGUUAGAAUAAUAGAAAUUAUAGAGCGAGUGAAAGUAUAUUUAGUAUAGAUAUACAGUAUAUAUAUAUAGAAAUAAUCUUUAUUUAAUUGUCCAGCAGCUGCUUGUUUUAUUAAAAUGACUUUAACUUUUAGAUGCCUCGCCAGUAGAUGCUCCAGUUAAGGAUCCAAAGCACGUCAAAAAUGAGUAAUAAAAGAAAGAAGAGCUUUUUGAGCGUUCAAUAUUUGAUUGACACCUUGGUCUCUUUCAUUUGUCGUUUUACAAGAAGCUUAUUUAAUAUUUAUAAAAUUUAAUUGUUUUUGGUAUGUAUAGGAGUCAUAAAAAAAUAUUCUUUUCAGCUGACAAACAAAUUUUUAUGCACGCCUCAGAUCAACGUCGUCUAGUCAUGUAAAACAACUCAAUAAUAUAUUGUAUUAUCACAAAAAUGAAAACAUUUAUUUAUUUAUUUAUUUAUUUAUUUAUUUAUUUAUCAUGUUAUUAGAAUUUUAUUAAUUAUUUGUUUUGUAUACGUUGUUACUUUUUUAAUUGGAAAGAGACGAAUAAAAGAGAAUAAAACGAGGCACGAUAGAUUUUUUUUCUACUUUAUUAACAGCAUAAAAUAUAAAGAUAUAAAACGCGUUGUAUAGGUAAAUGAUAUUCACUUACACUUUAGUAUGCUUAAUUAGGUCGAGGCAUCGUUUUUUUAAGUUGAAAGCCAGAUUCAUAUUACAAUGUUUAUUAUGAUAUAUACAUAUUCUUGUCCAUUUAUGUAUACAUUUUUUAUCUUCUGUUUACUGCUUAUUAUUGUCUGAUUUCCUUAAACUACCAGAUAAUCCGUUGUUAAAGUGCUGUUUCAUCUUCUAUUUUUUAGUUAUUUUUUAGUGAAAACUGUAAUAAGAUCAUUUUUUAGGUAAUUCCUUUCUUUGAAUCGACACUAUAAUGUUCUCUUGAAUACUAUAUUCUGGCCUAAUAGAGUACUACUAUUCUAGCAUAUAUUUCACAUUAUUAUGUUAUUUUCCAAAUUCUAAAAUACACGAACCACUCGUUCAUUACAAUUUAAAAAUAAUUAUCCUCUGUACAAUAUCUUAUAAAAAGAGAGUAGAACAUUAUUA